CACCGGAGCCACUGAACUGAGAGGUGGCACUCUAUCCCCUUAACCCCGUGCACUCUCAUUUCUUUCUAAGCGGCGGCAAUGGCGAGAGAGCACCGCACGGAUGGCGUUGGACGAGCUCCCCGUUAUUCCCGCGUUGAGAUGUGCGUGGGGAACAUCGGGGAAAAAGAGACACUAACCUGAAGGGGAAACGCACACCUGAAGCAAGUGACAACAGCUGCGUCGCUGCCCGUGCGAACCAAUGACUCGAUUUCGCUAACUAAUAAUGCCUCUGAACUCUACAUUACAUAGCUUUUAACUCUCCUUCACACAGAUAAGCAGACUCGAAUGUGACCAAUAAGUAUGUAGUAAGUAUGGAUUCAGUCUGUCCCUUUCCGCAACUGUAUCCGACUUCGCCUUCCUUCGCCCUUUUUACUUUUAAGGAUUCGCUAGCCUCUCCCGCACGCGGCGGCGGCGAGGCGGAGCGACGCGCUGAGAUCUGGCGGCGGCGCGGACAAUGGAAAAGCUUGGCCGGUGUUUCCAUUGGCCACGCAAGUACGCGAGACCUCACCGCGCGAGACACCUUCGCCUGUCCACCCCAAUCACCUUUCAUCGCCUAAGGCCUAAGUCCAUGUGCUUCUCCAUCACAGCCUCCACGACGGCGGAAACCACGAUGGCCACGGAGCCUCCGACAACCACCUCAGAGCAAACGGAGGCUCCAACAACAGCAGCACCUGCGCCUGAUGCAGAGACCACCACAAAAGAACAAACGGAAGCUCCAACAACAGCAGCACCAGAUACAGAAACUACCACAAAAGCUCAAGAACAAACGGAAGCUCCAGCAACAGCAGCGCCAGCGCCAGAUACAGAAACAACCACAAAAGCUCAGGAACAAACGGAAGCUCCAACAACAGCAGCGCCAGCGCCAGAUACAAAAACUACCACAAAAGCUCAGGAACAAACGGAAGCUCCAACAACAGCAGCGCCAGCGCCAGAUACAAAAACUACCACAAAAGCUCAGGAGCAAACGACAGCGCCGGGUAACAGCAGCACCAGCGCCAGAUACAGAAACUACCACAAAAGCUCAGGAGCAAACGACAGCGCCGGUAACAGCAGCACCAGCGCCAGAUACAGAAACUACCACAAAAGCUCAAGUAACUACAAAGCAAACGGAAUCGCCUGUAACGGCAGCACCCACAACGCAGGCGCCAGACACAGAAACUACCACGAAAGCUAAAGAGCAAACGGAAGCCCCUGCACCAGAAACUACUACAAAGGCUAAAGAACAAACGGAAGCUCCGGUAACUGCAGCUCCUGCUCCAGUAACUGCAGCUCCUGCUCCAGAAACUACCACAAAAGCUAAAGAACAAACGGAAGCUCCGGUAACUGCAGCUCCUGCUCCAGUAACUGCAGCUCCUGCUCCAGAAACUACCACAAAAGCUAAAGAACAAACGGAAGCUCCAGCAACAGCAGCGCCAGCACCGGAAACUACCACACAGGCUAAAGAACAAACGGAGGCACCAGUAACUGCAGCACCUGUACCUGCGCCUGAGACUACCACAAAAGCCCAAGUGCAAACAGAAGCUCCAGUAACAGCAGCACCUGCACCGGAAACAACCACAAAAGCUAAAGAACAAACAGAAGCACCAGUAACUGCAGCACCGGUACCUGCACCAGAAACUACCACAAAAGGUAAAGAAGAGCAAACAGAUGCUCCAGCAACAGCCGCGCCUGCACCAGAAACUACCACAAAAGCUAAAGAACAAACGGACUCGCCAGUUACUGCAGCACCUGCUCCUGCACCAGAAACUACAAAAGCUCCAGAACAAACGGACUCGCCAGUUACUGCAGCACCUGCUCCUGCACCAGAAACUACCACAAAAGCUAAAGAACAAACGGACUCGCCAGUUACUGCAGCACCUGCUCCUGCACCAGAAACUACCACAAAAGCUAAAGAACAAACGGACUCGCCAGUUACUGCAGCACCUGCUCCUGCACCAGAAACUACCACAAAAGCUAAAGAACAAACGGACUCGCCAGUUACUGCAGCACCUGCUCCUGCACCAGAAACUACCACAAAAGCUAAAGAACAAACGGACUCGCCAGUUACUGCAGCACCUGCUCCUGCACCAGAAACUACCACAAAAGCUAAAGAACAAACGGACUCGCCAGUUACUGCAGCACCUGCUCCUGCACCAGAAACUACCACAAAAGCUAAAGAACAAACGGACUCGCCAGUUACUGCAGCACCUGCUCCUGCACCAGAAACUACCACAAAAGCUAAAGAACAAACGGACUCGCCAGUUACUGCAGCACCUGCUCCUGCACCAGAAACUACCACAAAAGCUAAAGAACAAACGGACUCGCCAGUUACUGCAGCACCUGCUCCUGCACCAGAAACUACCACAAAAGCUAAAGUGACUACAGCCCAGUUCAACACGUCCGAUUUCACUGGGUCUGUCUCAACAUAUUUCACCAUUGGGACAAGUGACUCCAAUACCAUUUUGAUAUCAUUUGGAGUAGAACUCAUUUUAAAGAUGAUACAAGAGAAGACCUUUACGUUUGUAUUUAUUCUGCAGGUGCGCUCUUCAGGCACAGUUACAGAAACCUUCAGCUCCUUGGCGUCGUUAGCAACGUCGACUGGUGUUCGAAAAGAAACCGUAAUCAGCCGAGCAGAAGUGAACGAAGAAGGAACAGACACCACCACUUUCACUUCCGCACUGGAGAGGCAGAACAAGACGUCCUCAGGCAACAACACAGAGUGUAUUUAUACCAUGGAGGUGACCCUGAUGAAAGUCCAGUUCACUAAUAGUCUGACAGGAAAACAAUACCCGUGCGAUUUGAACGACCAGGCGAAUGCUCAGCCCCCCUAUUUGGAGAUUAUAGACAAAUAUAACAACACCGUCAUCAUGAGAUAUUGUUACCUGGACGAAAAUGUGACCAUCCACUCAUUUGGCGACCAGAUGUUUGGCUAUGUUGUGACCACCGGAGAUCCAAAUAUUGUUCCAGACAUUCAGGUGAUUCAAAAGAAGGAAGAACACUGUUGCGGCGGCGUGGUGAUUCAAAAGAAGGAAGAACACUGUUGCGGCGGCGUGUUCUACGGAGCCUUCCGCGUGCCACUCAUCGUACCGUCGCCGGAUUAUCCUCAGUACAAACCACACAUGCGAUGUCCUUUCAUCUUCAGGGUAAAUUCUCUGUUGUUUUCUCUGUACAGCAGUGAUUAUCCUUGCCAGGCCGAGAUCGGAGGAGCCAGGCUUUUCUUGGAAACAAUUGUGAAAAGAAGGCUUACAGAAUCUAGGGAAGCAUCACUGCCUUUGUUUAUGGGAUAUCAGCUGACUCUGAAGUGUUUGGUUCUUCUCCUAAAUGUUAUUAGUAUCCUUACUGUUUUUUGCGACGAGGACUAUGACGACUGCGUCAUCCGUCUCGAAUUCGAAAACUUCAACCUCGCCUCCAACGACCUCAGCCGAAGUCGUCGCCAAGCGCUGAACGAAAGCGAGACAAAUACCACCACCCUCGCCCCGUACGUUCCGCCGACCGGAUCCGACUUCAACCGGACGAUCUGCGCCGGCCAGGAUGUGGUUCGGGUCAGUCAGUGCGGAUCCAUCUCGGCGAUCAACUCUCGCGAGUUCUGCGCGGACAAUCCUCCCUCGCAAGUCUACACAGGCUACAAGGAAGUGCUGUUGUACUUCGACUCGAACGACGAAAAGCAAGACCAGGGCUUCGUGAUCAAAUUCACGCCGAAAGACAGGAGGAAAUGGAUUUAUUCUGACGCCGAACUCGAGCCCAAGUGCUGUGAGUAA